AAAAAGAAAGAAAGAAAGAAAAAUCGAUUGUAAAAUAAAUAAAUAAAAAAAAGUCGACGAUCGCGAGUGGUGUUUCGUGAGUGUCGAACAAGAGCAACGACAUAACGCGAGAAAAGGGGAUCUUCUUUGAGGUGGUUGUCCGCUUCCCCCGUGGUUGCUCAUAAGGUCGUUGUGCGCGAGUGCGAAUGUUUGAGGAGGUGGUCCCAGCCCCUUGGAGGUGCGACGAUGAGGUCGCGCUCGCUCGAAUCGACGGAGAGGGCGGGGUGAGGGGAUAGGCUAAAGGAGACGUCCCAAGGUGGUGAAAGGAUGCCCGGGGGCCGAAGGGGCCUGGUAGCCCCUCAAAAUACAUUUUUGGAGAACAUCAUCAGGAGGAGCAGCAGCCAACCCGACAGCAGUUUUCUAUUGGCAAACGCUCAGAUCGUCGACUUUCCGAUCGUCUACUGCAACGAGAGCUUUUGCAAGAUAUCCGGCUACAACCGGGCCGAGGUGAUGCAAAAGUCAUGUCGGUGCAGCUUCAUGUACGGCGAGCUAACCGACAAAGAAACGAUCGCACGGAUCGAAGAGUGCCUCGAAGGACAAAUUUGCGACCAAUUCGAGAUUUUACUUUACAAAAAGAACAAAACGCCGCUAUGGCUGCUGCUACAGAUAGCCCCGAUAAAAAACGAGCGGGACCUCGUGGUCCUGUUCCUGCUGACGUUCCGCGACAUAACCGCACUGAAGCAGCCGAUCGAGACGGACGACACGAAAGGCGGAUUGUCGAAAUUCGCCAAGCUCGCUCGGUCGGUCACGCGCUCAAGGUCCGUCCUCGUGUCGCAGUUCAGCUCGCACGUGCCCGCCGUCAAGGACUCCGCCAUACCCGUCACCACCAAACAGUCCCACUUGGGCCACAUGAUGUCCUUAAGCGGGGACGUGAUGCCGCAGUACAGACAGGAGGCGCCCAAGACCCCGCCCCACAUAUUGCUGCACUACUGCGCGUUCAAGGCCAUUUGGGACUGGAUCAUCCUCUGCCUCACCUUUUACACGGCCAUCAUGGUCCCGUACAACGUGGCCUUCAAGAACAAGACCAGCGAGGACGUGUUCCUCUUGGUCGUCGACACCAUUGUCGACGUCAUAUUCUUCAUCGACAUCGUUCUCAACUUUCACACGACUUUUGUCGGCGCUGGCGGAGAAGUGGUGUCCGAUCCAAAGGUGAUACGAAUGAACUACCUGAAAAGUUGGUUCGUGAUAGAUUUGCUAAGCUGCCUGCCCUACGAUGUGUUCAACGCGUUCGACCACGACGAGGACGGCAUUGGCAGUCUGUUCUCGGCCCUGAAGGUCGUGAGGCUGUUAAGGCUCGGCAGAGUCGUUCGCAAGCUCGACAGGUACCUCGAGUAUGGGGCGGCGAUGCUGAUACUGCUCCUUUGCUUCUACAUGCUCGUCGCCCACUGGCUCGCCUGCGUCUGGUACUCGAUCGGGAGAUCCGACGCCGACGCGGGGGUCCAGUACUCGUGGCUGUGGAAGCUCGCGAACGUCACCCAGUCGCCGUACAGUUACCUGUGGACGAACGCGAGCACGGCACCCGAACUCGUGGCCGGGCCCUCCCGGCGGACCAUGUACGUCACCGCGCUGUACUUCACCAUGACCUGCAUGACGUCCGUCGGUUUCGGCAACGUAGCCGCCGAGACCGACAACGAGAAGAUCUUUACCAUCUGCAUGAUGAUCGUCGCUGCGCUGCUGUACGCGACGAUAUUCGGCCACGUGACGACGAUCAUCCAGCAGAUGACCUCGGCGACGGCCAAGUACCACGACAUGCUGAACAACGUGCGGGAGUUCAUGAAGCUGCACGAGGUGCCCAAGGCCCUCAGCGAGCGGGUCAUGGAUUACGUGGUGAGCACGUGGGCCAUGACAAAGGGCCUCGACACCGACAAGGUCCUCAACUACUGUCCCAAGGACAUGAAGGCCGACAUCUGCGUCCACCUCAACCGCAAGGUUUUCAACGAGCAUCCCGCUUUCAGAUUAGCAUCGGACGGCUGUCUGCGGGCGCUGGCGAUGCACUUUACGAUGUCGCACAGCGCGCCGGGGGAUUUGCUGUAUCACACGGGCGAGUCGAUAGACUCGCUGUGUUUCAUCGUGACGGGGAGUCUCGAGGUCAUCCAGGACGACGAGGUGGUGGCGAUCCUCGGCAAGGGGGACGUUUUUGGGGACAGUUUUUGGAAGGACAGUGCUGUGGGCCAGAGCGCGGCCAACGUACGGGCGCUCACCUACUGUGAUCUGCACACCAUCAAGCGCGACAAGCUCCUCGAGGUCCUCGAUUUUUACCAGGCCUUUGCCAAUUCCUUCGCGCGCAACCUCAUACUCACCUAUAAUCUGCGCCACCGGCUUAUUUUUCGAAAAGUCGCCGACGUUCGACGCGAGAAGGAAUUAGCGGAGAGGAGGAAAAACGAGCCACAAUUAGAUCAAUCGCAAGACCACCUCGUCCGAAAAAUUUUCUCAAAGUUUAGAAGGGAAAGACACGCGGCAGAUGUUGAAAAAGGCGAUGGCAAGGAGAUCAAGGACGUCGAGACCAGUUCACUCGUGAGGAAGGUCUCCUCAUCCGGAGAGGAGAUAGGCUCCCAGCGAGUACGACCCAGCAAAUGGGGUCGACUUCUUGACAUAAAAAAAGGACGAAUGGCGAAGGCGAAAAAGCCACCGGAAGAGGAUUUAUCGGACUCGAAAAGAAGCUCGAGCCUGGACUCGGGCAGCGACGGAGGAGGCAGUGGCCCGGAAUCGUUCAAGCGCACGUUCUCACCGCGAGACCCGCGGCCCGGCUCGAGCGCGAGCACAAACAAGGUCUUCCCAAAGCUCGGCAAGCUCGGCGGCACGAUAGAGGAGGACGCCGAGCCCGGCAAGGACACCGGCCAGAGCCUUGCCCUCCAAAACUCCAAGCAGCUCCAGAUGCGCAAGCUCGAAAGCUACGACGGAGGCCUCAUCGUGCAACCGAGCCACGAGCGCGAGAUCCUCGCUGCUGUCCUCGAGGUGAAGGUGGACUUGAAGCUGGAGGUGCAGCGGGUCAACCAGCGGCUGGCCAAGAUCGAGGACAUGCUGCAGGCGCUGCUGACGCGAGUGCCGCCGCCCGUCCAGACGACCACGAUAGCGACCUCGCCGCUGCCGAGCGUGACCUCGCCUUUCUCGCCACCGCCUCAGCCGUCACAGCAAUCGUCGCCGCAGCAGGCGACCUCGAGGAACCUGAGUGCGAUGGUCGCGGCCAUGUCUUCCCCGUCGGGUCCAACGACGCCGCAGAGCCCGGUCGGCAGCGCGCCCGGCCAGGCCUCGGUUACCACGAGCCCCUGCCAGGAGAGCAAGCCCACGGCUGUUGGGCCGCCCCCCCAGGCCACCAGCAGUGCUCGCGAGAGCGAGCCAGCUCCAUCGGUGACGGACCGGUUACUACCGAAAGACCAACCGCAAUCUUCCGGGUCGCCGAGCUCGCAACAAUCGCCAGUCCCGAGUUCGUCGACGACAGUCCACCAUCACCACCAUCACCAUCACCAGCCAUCCCCCUCAGCCGAGCGAUCGCGCGAGGCCAGCAGUCGAGAAUUGCUCGAAAGACUGAGCCAGCAGGCAGCCUCAACGUCGGCGUCGUCGCCGGUGACCGGCACCGGCAUCGGCGACGGCGGUGCGUGCACGAGCGGUCCGCCAGGGGGCGUCCUUGGGCCGCUGAUACUGCGCAAGCGCAGAAGCAAGUCGCGGCAAAAGGGCGCAGCGCCACUGGCGCCCCUCGCCUCGCAACCGAUGAGCCCGACGGAGCCAACGGAGAUAACGCAAAUGCUGCCCUCGGAGCCCGGGGACGAGCAGCGCGGCGACGAAAGGGGCGAGCGAGGCGAGAGGAAGAGGCCGGCACCCAGGCCUGGUCGGGAUUACUUGUGAAAGUUCGUAAACGCGGCGACAAGGAGGGAGGAUUUUUUUUCAAGGCUAGUGCAGCAGGUACGAUCGCCCCUAUUAGCGGUCGGUCUUGUGAUUAUUCGAUUCGCGUGAAAACUUUCUUAAAAACGAACAAUAUUGUAUAUUGUAUGAUAUUGUUGUAAGCUGCGUGUGUACAUAUGCAUACUAGCACUUUUACUUUCAGACACACACGUUCUUACACAAAUCAGGAUACCAAUACUUUGUAUUCUGAAACUCUUGCCUUUUUAAUCCACAGGUGACUCGGUAUAUAUAAAUACAUAUAAUACUUUGUGUACGCGUGCAACGUUUUUCUAUUAUUAAUUCAUAGGUAUUCACAUGAUGACGAUAUUAUGCGUGAAUUAAAAAAAAAGAACCUCGUAUUUUCAACGCUUCCACGUGCAAUCUUAUUUAUCAUCAUGGAAAUAACUUUAUUCUUAAGCUUGACUGUUUGAGUCAUUUGAUUGUUAUUUAUUUAUUUAUUUAUUUUUUUGUUUUUUUGUUGAAUACAAACUUAUUUUUAUUAAUCUGGAUCAAUAUUUUAAUAAAGUAUUAUAUAUAUAUAUACGUUUUAGUAAAUUGGUAAUUCGUUGAAUUACAUAAAUGAAGAGAGCAAAUAAAUGCUCGAAAUGCAAAAAAUUACAAACUAAUUACAUAUGAUGUACUUACAGUGGACGCACUUAUAGAAUUCCAGUACAGUAAAUUUCUUGUAACUCUAUCACUUCAAAAAAGGUUGUGAAUCAUGAAAAUUGUCCAAUUAUUAGUAAGACUACUUACUUUCUGCGGAGUUACAAUUUUUUUUUGUUUUCGAUUGAAAUUGACUUUUUUUUAACAUACAAUGAAAUUUUAGUAUUAUUAAAGGUGAUGUUCUCGACUUAAAAAUUUAUUUAUAAUCUUUAAAAAUUCAAGAGUAUGAUAUACUUCAGAAUAGCAGACACAUAGCUAAAUUUUUUGAUUUACACAAAAUUAUGUUAUCAAUACGGAAAUUACUAACAUGUAGUGGAUAUAGUACAAACAAGCCAUUCGACCACUCAAGGAUUGUAUUUACUUGUCUAUCAGUGAUUUUACCUUUUUUUCUAGUUGAACAUGGUUCGAGUAAUAUUUGUUAUAUUUUCUCAACCAUCUCGUCGAGAAGACCACCUUAAAGCUUUAAUUUUACACUUUACUAUUCAGCCGAGUCUCUCUUUAAUUUCUAGCAUCAUCAUCACUACAAUUAUUAUUAUUAUAUAAAAUGUUGUAGGAUCAUUACAUAAUAUUAAUACAUCAGUCGGCAUUAAUAUUACUU